CUUCACUCUUUCACCAUGAUCGGCAUCUCCAACCAUUACCGCCGUGACUUUCUUUCGAAAUUACCUCGGCAAAGUACUAUCCAGAGUUCGCGACUACUCCAAGGCCACUCGAAUAAUAUUCUAUGUCGCGUGCACGUGGUGGAUUGGCGAUCGCGAUGCAGAAUCCACAAGCUACGUCAACACGACGUCAGUGGAAUCAUGUCAAGAUAUAAAGGCGGCGCCGGGGAAAUCGUAUGUUAGACCAAUACCAUGGAUGGUCCACGAUAUAGCGAAAGACAUCCUGUGCCUACAAUUCAGGCAUACAACGAUGAGAAACGAGCUCGCGAUGAGGAGAGUGAACACCCGCUACCUUCUCCACCAACAAGUCCAACGUCGAAGACGGACGGUACUUCUGCCAGCGACGAACCGGCCAACGAGAAGACAGAGAUGAUGAACAGGAUGGCUGGGCCCAAGGAAAAGCCGACAGACAAAGUCAAGAAUAGCAAGGGCGAGAGGACUGUUAAGGAUCCAACAACCGACCUGGACGUCACUAUCAAAGACGCUGACUUUAAAGAUUUUCCUCGCCCAGACGAACACAUUGGAACCUCAGAAACACCUCCUGUUGGUGGCUCAGCCUCGCCUACGCAGACAGCACCCAAUGCAUCACGCCCAGGAAAUAUAUCUUUGCAACCAUAUCUGCCUCCGCCCGCAGCGUCACUUUCGCCGCUCCUAGCUAUGUUCGACCACCUCCAGCUGGGGUUAACAGUAGCUUUCACCCUUAUCUGGUUCUUCUUCGGCUUCCCAAAAGGCCGUUGGUACAUUCCAUUCACUUGGCCAUGGUUCUACCUUGUCGUUCGAAGUACCUUCAUAGCUGCCAUCGGAUUUGCUAGUGUUUGCGCUGUCAGCAUCGUACAACGAAAGUUGGAGAAGGAAGUAGAACGUGUUCGAGUCGAAAUGCAUCGUGCUCGUGGUAAGAAGUACGCUCCCUCGACGCCAGAGUCGGCAGAGUGGCUGAACGCGUUCGUCCGAACGAUUUGGGGUCUCAUCAAUCCGGACAUGUUCAUUUCCAUUGCGGACAUGGUCGAAGACGUGAUGCAACAGUCUCUUCCCGGUUUCGUUGAUGCUGUCCGAAUCAGUGACAUCGGCCAGGGCGACAACCCAUUCCAUAUCGUUUCUAUGCGUGCUCUUCCAGACCGACCAAGGGAUCCUGAAUACCCCCGAGAGGAGUGGAUCGACCAAGGCACGAACCAGCUCUUGGACCAGGCAGAGGCCGACAAAGCCAAAGGCCUUGAUGCUGAUCAGUCGGGCGGCUACGUUAACUACGAGGUAGCAUUCGCAUACCAAGCACUUCCAGGCCAGGGUUCCAAGUUACGCUCAAAAAAUAUACAUAUGCUGGUCGAGUUCUUCCUUGGAGUAUACGAUUGGUUGCAUAUUCCUAUUCCUAUUUGGAUUCAGGUCGAAGGUAUCGUAGGCACCAUCCGGCUGCGCAUACAGUUCAUAUCCGAGGCGCCUUUUGUAAGGAAUGUUACGUUCACGUUCAUGGGCGUUCCAGCUGUGGAAGUCUCGGCGAUCCCAAUGGCCAAAGUUCUACCUAACGUCCUUGAUCUUCCAUUGGUGUCGCGUUUCGUGAAAAUGGCGAUUGCUGCUGGGACGGCCGAAUUUGUAGCGCCAAAGAGCAUGACUCUAAACAUUCAAGAAAUGCUCAGCGGAGCUGCUAUCGGAGAUACCCGAGCCAAAGGCGUCUUUUUGAUCGUCAUCCACCAUGCUGAAGGCCUCUCAGCUCAAGACAAGAAUGGCCGUUCUGAUCCUUACAUUGUUUUGGCGUACGCCAAGUUCGGCAAACCCUUAUAUUCAACGCGGAUUAUCCUUGGAGACCUUAAUCCGAUUUACGAAGAAACUGCUUCUCUAUUGGUCACUGAUGAUGAGAUCAAGACUGAGGAAGAUGUUUCGCUCUUACUUUGGGACUCCGAUCAGCAUUCAGCCGAUGAUCUUAUUGGACGUGUCCAGAUUCCGGUUAAAGAGCUCAUGAAGUCUCAUAACAAGAUGACCCGUCGUUCUGACAAACUGGCCGGUUUCGAGGAUGCCGACAAAAUGGACGGCAUCUUACAUUGGUCCAUUGGCUAUUUCGACAAGGUUCCUCUUAAGAAAGAGCUCGAGCAGCCGCCAGAAACUCCUCCUCCUCCGCCGGCCAAGACUGCUCCAGAAAUGGUAAUGCGACCCGGUGACAAGGCUCCUAAUCCAGCCGCAAAAGAUCUCCCGCCGCCGCCACCCGAUGUCCAGCGUACACCUCCGGACCCUGCGUAUCCUUCCGGGAUAUUGAGCGUGAUCAUCCAUCAGAUCAAUAACCUCGAACUACAAAAUCUGUCCGGUGCUGGCGGUAAGGAAAGAGAAGGCCAAGCUGGUCAAGAUACGGACGAACCUUCGGAGCAGAGCGACAAUUUGCCCAGCGCAUAUUGCGAAAUCAUCUUGAACGAUGAUAUGGUGUAUAAAACUCGGGUCAAACAAUAUACGAGCAUGCCUUUCUUCGAGGCAGGAACGGAAAAGUUCAUUCGCGAUUGGCAGUCAACUGUCGUUCGCUUGGUUGUCCGGGAUUCCAGGCUUCGCGAGAAAGAUCCUAUUCUAGGUGUUGUUAACUUGAAGCUGAAGGAUCUGUUCGCAACUGGGUCUGAGGUCACUCGUCUGUUCUCUAUCACCGAGGGUAUUGGUUUCGGACGAAUGAACGUGUCCCUACUCUUCCGUGCCGUCCAAUGCCAGCUUCCUCGUCAAAUGUUGGGAUGGGACACAGGAACCGUCGAGAUCCUCGAGCCCAUCAAGUUCACUGUCAGCCCUUCCGCCAAUCUCGGAGGCGCCAAGUUCGUCGGUCAAACAAACAAACUCGUCGUAUCGACAACAGAUAGCACGGAGACUCUGCCGGCUUCACCUGCAUCAGGCGAGGAUAGUGCUGACGUCGUCUGGGACUUCUCAGCAGAUCAAUUACGCUUGCCCGUGUACAGUCGCUAUGCGACUUCCUUGACGUUCGAGAUCGGUGGAGGUAGUGGCUUCCUCAGCCGAAAGUCCAAUCCCCAAGCGUUGGCUCUACUUUGGUUGAAGGACGUCAUUGAGGACGAGGAGACUGACAUCGAGCUGCCUGUUGUUGCUGGGAAUGAUCUUCGCCAACUGAGGCAGAACGUGGUGUAUGACCUUACGGAGGAAGGCAAGAUCAAUAUGAAUGAAUUUACGGCGAAGACGCACGAUUUCCAGAUCAUUGGGCAUAUUCGGACACGGAUCAGGUUGGAUCGUGGAUUGGACGAGGAUCACGAGGCACAUGCCAAGACUCAGGCGAGGCGGCAUGCAUUUGAAACAUACGACCACGUCGAAGGGGAGGGUCUUAUCGCAGAACGAAACGCCCAUGCGUAUGAUGAUGGUGUUAUUGAUCUAGAAGAGAAAAAGGCACUUGACCGUGCUCACAAACGGCAAUUGGCUAAUCGUCAGAGAGGUAUCAAUGGAUUCCGGCCAUAUCGCACUGGUAAAUGGAUGAAAGAAGGUUUAAAGAGUCGCCUCAUGCCUAGCAAAGGGUCCUCGAAACGAGAACCGACGGUUCAGUCAGAGGCAUGAGGAUGAAAAAGCUUUUUAAUGUGCAUUUGUCGAUGACAUUAACGACUAUUGAAGAACAAUGGAUCCUGUACUUUUAUUAUCUUGUAAAUUAGGUUACUAUUUGUGGUUUGAAAAGAGUAUGGUGUAAGAUACGUACCGCUCUAUCAGACAUAAUUGAACU